AUGACUGGAAGGCAGACAAGUGCACCACAUCGAGUAAACCGGAGGGCGACGCCGCCACAAGCAAGCCCACAGCGGCCGCAACCGCAACCACCACCACCGCAACCACCACCACCUCCUCCUCCUCCUCCGCCGCCGCCGCCGACACCACCUCCCCCUCCUCCAGCCGUGGUAGAUGACCACGAUAAUAAGAGCGAUGAGGGUAGUGAGAAAGACGAGGGAAACGAGAGCAAUAGGGGAAACGAAAGCAAUGCCAGCAAUGAGACAGACGAUAGCAAUGAGAGUAAUAAAGGGGAUGAGAGCGAUGAAGAUAUCAAGAGCGAUGAGGGCAGUGAUAAUGACAACGGAAACAGGAGUGAUGAGGAGAACGAAAGCAAUGCUAGCAAUGGCAGAGGUGAAGGAAACGAGAGCAACAAAGAGGGUGAGCGCGAUGAAGACAUCAAGAGCGAUGAGGAAGAUGGGAACCCAGGUAAUGCCGGCGCGGAGAACAACCCCGGUACUGAGAGCAGUCCGGAUUCCGACAGCGGUGUUGAUCCUAGCCAGGGUAAUGAUUCAGAAAAUGACGGCGAUCCCAACGGAACUUCUGAUCAGGAAGGAAACCAAGAUCAGACAAAUAGCGGUUCAUUACUAAUGGCCCGAACACCUGGAUUUUCUAACAGCGUUCCCGCCUCGCUCAGUGACUCUACAUCGACCGAACCCUUUCCUCCAUACGAAGAGCCUUCUCCAUCGACCUACCUAAACACUAGUCCACAGAGAGGUCAGGGAAGCUCCCAAGAUAACUAUGAAUCUAGCCUGGAAGAAGACGAAGGGAACGAGGAUGAAGGGGAUGAACACCAAGACGAGGACGAGGAAGAGGAGCAAGGAGAGGUAGACGAAAAAGAAAAUGAAGAAGAAGAGAAGAAGGCGGCGGCGGAGGAGGGGGAUGAGGAGGAAGAGGAGGAGGGGGAAGAACUGAGAAGCCCUGGCCCCCAUCCGGGAGGCCGAUCACCAAGUUCCUCACCUGGUCCGUCUACAUCAAACCUGUGGGCUCCUAUCGGGAACAUGCUAGGUGGCAGGGGAGCCGGACGUUUUGGAGCCGCAGGUGGGCAAAACCACGGCCCCGGAACAGGCGGAGGCGGCGCUAGUCGCGGUGUGACCUUCAAGAAGAUUAGCACUAUCGGCAAGGCCUUGACAGCUGCAGAUCCGGCACCUAGACUGCAGAAGCGACGACUUGAAGAGGAAGCAGACGGAUCUCGCCCUACUAGAAAACGUAAAAUGGACUCGGCCGAGUCGAAGAGCAACCCCUGCGCAAGCCUCUGGGAGUCCCGAGACAUCAAUAUCAGGAAAGAGACGAAGCAGUUCGCUUGA